CCCUAGUCAGUUCGCUCCGUGGCAAUCCCAGACUCCAUCGCUUCCGGCUCCAGGCUUUUGUAUCCGGGGUAAGGGAAGCGCACCUCACCCCCCCCCCUUCUGUUUAGAGCGGCUUUGGAACUGGACCCGGAACCGGAACCAGAAGAGGAGGAAGAAGCCCAGAGUUUUGGUCCCGUCAGCUCCCGGCGCCGGCUGCGAAGGCGGCAGGCGGCGGCUCCUCGGGGCCGGCCCCGGCGCCAUGAAGCUCUACAGCCUCAGCGUCCUCCACAAAGGAGACUCCAAAGCCGUCCUGCUGAAGGCCGCCUACGACGUAUCCUCCUUCAGCUUCUUCCAGCGCUCCAGUGUUCAGGAAUUCAUGACCUUUACAAGUCAACUGAUUGUGGAACGCUCAGAGAAAGGGAGCAGAGCCUCUGUCAAAGAACAAGAGUACUUAUGUCACGUGUAUGUUCGGAACGACAGUCUUGCAGGUGUGGUCAUUGCAGACAAUGAAUAUCCCUCCCGGGUGGCUUUCACCUUGCUGGAAAAGGUACUGGAUGAAUUCUCUAGGCAAGUUGACAAGAUAGACUGGCCAGUAGGAUCUCCUGCUACGAUACAUUAUACAGCCCUGGAUGGUUAUCUUAGUAAAUAUCAGAAUCCUCGAGAAGCUGACCCCAUGACAAAAGUGCAAGCUGAAUUAGAUGAGACCAAAAUAAUUCUGCACAACACCAUGGAAUCUUUGUUAGAACGAGGAGAAAAACUAGAUGACUUGGUGUCCAAAUCAGAAGUGCUAGGAACACAGUCCAAAGCCUUCUAUAAAACCGCCCGGAAACAAAACUCAUGCUGUGAGAUCAUGUGACCCCCCCCCCAACCAGUGAUGACCCUGCUCUGGAAACUUUGCCUGUCAUUCAUGUUGAGAACUGUAAAGCACCCAGGAAAGAAGAAACCAACUCAAAUCGUGUCCUGAAAUGGGAAUUUUCCAUUUCAGAUUUCAGCCCCUGGGAUGAGCUAAGGGUGAGGUGGGAGGGACUUCGGGGAGGUUUGUAUGCCUAAGUGUAAUUUUUCACCAGAAGGAAAGAUAAUAUGGAACACCUCAAGAAGAUCAUAUUUGGGGGGCAGAAUGAAACAAAAAUUCUCAAUGACUCCUGUAGGUGCUGAAGGGCUCAUUUCUCUGAUAAAUUUCCUGGGAGGGAUUUGAUGGGCCCCCUGACUUCUGCAAAACCCCACAGGAAAGUCAGGACCAAAUCUCUUCUUGAUUCUGUUGUUUUUUUGGUUUUGUUUGGUUUUUUAAUUUUAUUUUUUACAUUCAUUAUAAUAACACUAGAAGGAAGUAACUCCAGGUGAAUACUAUACAGUUGGUAAUUUUGCCACUGAGCAGGGCUUUGGAGAGGACCUCCUUAGCAGCUGAUGAAAGUGAGCUCUGGUGACCCAGCUACACGUGGAUGGGGGUUCCCUUUCCUUCCCUUCCUCAGAGCAAUCAUGAAGCUCCUUUUAUUUUUGAGUAGACCCCUUACCAUCUUUGUCCUCAGGGAAAGUGGGAGCCCUUUCAAAAGAGAAAAAACUGAAGCCUUGAGACCUUGACAAGUCAGUGGGAAAGUUUUAUAGUGAAAAACAAGGAACAUACCUCAAAUAACCUAAAACUUCUUUGGACCCUCACAAGCUUUGUUUUCUAACUUGUACACGUGUUCCCAUUUCUUCCAGUGCUGCCUUGUAGUGGGGCCCAUGACCUGUCCUGACAAACUUGUCCAUAAAGUUCUCUAGAACUUAUUUGAGGUAGGGAGGUCUGUGAGAGGAGCUCAAAUAUGUUUAGUGGUGUAAGCAGACAAUGAUUAUCCUACCCAGCAUAUCUAGAAAUGAAGUAAAGGAAAGAAAGUAGGGCACUUUAUUAAAGCUGGUUAAUUUGAGGAUGAUCAGCUGUAAGUAUCCUUUAGGGGUAGGAGAUCCAACCAGCAUUGAUCUUGAGCAACCCCUCACAAGCAUUGCAGUGAUUUGACAUAUCAUGAAUAUUACGGUUCUGGUCCAAAAUAGUGUGUCCUUUAGCCACUCUUCCAAAUGAUUUUUUUGCACUGAAAGUUGACCUUAGUUCUGUUGUCCUUCUGAUCAUAUGAUUGCCUUAGGGAAUUCUCCAUUUUGGUGAGUCUUAAUGAAUAGGAUAAUGUGUUUGAGACUCUCAUACUGCCAUCUGCUGAUUUAUACUAGGAAGAGUGUGCCAACUAUGCCAUGGCAUAUCUACCCCUGUCCUGGGGCUGGGGGAUACAUUUUGGAGGCUCCCAGCUGGGCAGAGGCAGAGUGCCCAAUCCUCUAUAAAUGCUGAGGAUAUUAUCUGGUCUCCUUUGUGCUUAAAAGCACCUUUUGGUACAAACAUGGGCCAAGCUCUGGCCCCUUCAGUGCCUAGUCGCUCAAAUGUAACACUGACUCGCUCGGCAUUAACAGGAUCUUGGCACUUGAUUUCUGUUGAUCUACUGAACUACACUUGCUUUUGGUUAUUGCUCCUUGAGGACUUAGACUUAACCUUCUUCUUCCCUCUAAGUCUAAGGUAUCAAAAGCAAAGGUAGUCAAGCAACCAGGCAGGAGUGCUCAGGUGAUGAGAUUAGGGUGGUGUUGGGUCAUCUUAAGCAAUCUUGGCCCCUGGACAGGUAUUUGUUGCCACGUCUAAAUAGGAUGCGUAUGAGCUGCUUUUUUGUUACUGUACCGUAUUUUCUGUAGGCAGAGCAAUCCAUGUGCCAGAACUGGGCUGCAAAGGGAGAGUAAAUUUAAUGCUAUUCAGCUACUACAGAAGCCCUGGAUGAGCAUGAUCAUACAUCAUCUGAUGAACAUCUUUUAUUUGCAUAUUAGUUGGAGAUUUUUCCCAGGAAAUUGCUUCCCUUGGUGAAGGCAAAAGCCAUAGAGGGCCUAUUCUAAUGGUAAGGUAUUUGGGCCCAUAUAGUGCACUGAGUCAAGCAUUUCACUGGCCCUGUGAACUUUUUUCAAGACUAAUGUGAUCUUAAAUCUCAACUGGCAUAAAAUUCAUUGGAGAAUUUAGGUUAUUGGAGGGACAAAUUGAACUAUAACUGUUUUCGUGGAUACCACUUCCUUGUAGUUGCAAUUGGCAACAAUACUUCUCUGGGAAUUACAUUGGCUGAUAGGUAAUAGUACCUACUACAAAAUUGGCCUAGAAACAUUAUUCUUCCCUCUGCCACAAGAUAUGAUGACACCCACACUGAUGAAGGGGGCACCUACAACCUCAAGUUCAUCAGACUUUCCAAGGAGUGCCCAUGGUGGCUGCCCAUUCCAACCCUGCUAACUCCAUAGACUUGUGGCCAAAAAAUGGAUUUCGUACUCAUCUUCAUCACUUGGCUAAUUUUUAUUUUUCAGCUCUACAUCAAAUUAUCCUUAAAUGUGAGGGAUAAAUGCCAUUCUGGUUUUGUCUUUUUCCCCUUUGGUUAUGGUUCCAGGAAUUUAAAACUGCCCUGGAAUGUGACAGGAGAUAGUACAAGAUCUUAAGAAACUCACUCUAAAGCUUGUGCUACUGUAUAAAUAGAACUCAUUGACUUUGGAAGCUAAGAGAAAGCAAAAUCUUUCACCCAUAUCUUGGCCUCAACAUCUCCAGUAAGCAUGACGUUGGUGAGCUAGAGGCAUGGCCCUGGCAGGAUGCCUUUUGGAGGGGAGGGUGGUGGUGUCGUGUUACUUGGUCCUUUCUGUGCAUUAUUGUAACUUCUUCUUUAACUUAAUGCUUUUGCUGAACAUUUAUCAUUUGGCAAAGAGUGUAUUUUAGUAAUCGCUAACUCUUCUGUAUGUUCUGUUUGAGAAAUUCCUGUCUGGAUAAAAGUUGUCUUUUGAAAUUUGAAAAUGAUCCUGUGGCUUUCUUUGGAAUUAAAGGAGUUGAAACAGGUG